AAAAAAAAAUAAGAUUGUAGUUUAGGUUAGGGAAAUCGAAAACGGCAGGGGAUAUGGAGACACUGGAUGCUAUUCGCUCUGUUGUGGAGAAUUUUCCCUGUAUUUGCCAACUGAAGCCCGAACAAGAAGAGUGUUUGUUUCACUUUGAAUGGAGAUGAUGUUGAAGACCUCCCGGCAGGUUUUGGGAAAAGUUGAAUUUAUCAUCUGUUACCGAUCGUCAGCGAGAAACUGGGGAGGCAAAAGUCCAGCCGGGCGAUUAUUGUGAUUGUGAACUGCUCCCUCCGGUAUUUUGCUCGAUUGUUUUGUUUUCGCACUAUUCGUGUGUUUACAGCGGAAGUUUGAGGCGGCUGAGCCGGAUGUGAGGCGCAUAACACACGUCAUUUCCGAACGAAUGUGAUUGGCUUAACCAAUUUCAAACUUCAGAGAAGCGGCAGACAAGCAGCUAGCAGUAAUCUAUGAUAUAUACAAAAGAAGAAAAAAACAAAAAAAAAAAACAAGGGAUAAUUAAUCGGAAUUUGCUGUCAUAUCAUUUUUGUGAAAAAAUGCUUCGGUUUAUUUUGAUCUCAGUGUCGUCUUUACUCGCUAAUGAUGUUAUUACGGCCAGAGUGACAGUGACAGAGGGAGAUUCAGUUACUAUAUACACUAAUGUUACAACAACACAGCAAGAUGAGAUUUUAUGGUAUUUUAAUGACAUCCGCAUAGCUGUGAUCACCGGAGAUCUCAGCAGGAUCUGUACAGAUGUUCAGUGUAAUGAAGGUACUGAGAGAUUCAGAGACAGACUGAAACUAGAGAAUCAAACCGGAUCCCUGACGAUCACAGACAUCAACACUACAGACACUGGACUUUAUCAACUGAAGAUCUUCAGCAGCAGUAGUAUCAGUGAGAAGACCUUCAGUGUUACUGUUCUUGAUUCUCCUGAUAAAGUGAAGACAAUAUCAGUGAAGGAGGGAGAAUCUGUCACUUUUAAUCCUGGUGUAAUGACAACCCCAAUUGAUGUGAUGAGGUGGUAUUUUAAUGACUCUCUCAUCGCUGAAAUCAGUGGAGAUCAGAGUAAGAUCUGUGAAGAUGAUGAGUGUAAAGAGAGAUUCAGAGACAGACUGAAGCUGGAUCAUCAGACUGGAUCUCUGACCAUCAUGAACACCAGAACCACAGAUGCAGGAGAAUAUACACUAAAGAUCAUCAGCCACAUCCUUCAGAACAGCGUCAGUGUCACCAGUUUGAAAACAUUCAUUUUUACUGUAAUUGAUUCAGGUCUGUCUUCAGCUGCUGUAGCAGGAAUAUGUGUUGGUGUUGUUCUGUUGUUCGUGACUGUAGCUGUUGGUGUGAUUUACUAUCGCAAGUGUCUUCAAGCAGGACAGAAUAGCAGGUCAUUUACAAGACUUUUCCCUUCAGUCUGACCCUGAGAUGUCACCUGGUGGGAAAGAGACUGAGGAUGCCAGUGAGACCUCACUUUAACAUCUUUGGUACCAGUACCACGGCCAGCCCUACCUAUAGACAAAGCAGGGUUCCUCAAAUCUGGCUUGCAAGAUCCACUUUCUUGCAGAGUUUAGCCCUAGGCCUAAUCAAACACACCUGAGCAUGGUGAUCAAUUUCUUCAGGGUCAUUAGAAAAUCACAGGUAGGUAAGUUUUAUUAGGGUUGGAGAUAAAUUUUGCAGGAAAGUGGAUCUCGCAAACCAGAUUUGAGGAUCCCUGCCCUAGUCCACCAGUCAAGACAGGCAGCAAAAGACUAGCAUCGUUGCUCAUUGGAUAUAGUUGUGACACUCACACAAAGACGCACGUUUUUAUUGAUUUUCAUUUAAUGUUUCCAUUUCAAAGUGGGUCCCGUCUUCAGAACGUUCGCCGUAAUGAACACAUCCUUCAGGUGCUAUGAAUCAAAGGGUUAAAUGGACAUGCAAAAAGUACAGUUCCAAGUUAUUUCCUGUGAGUUGUUGUCAUCUAUUUUGGAGUGAUUACAAUGUAUUCUAAAUAUAAUCUUGUUCUGUUCAACCAGCGUCAUUUCUGGACAAAAAGAGCAUGGACGCUGUUAACACCCCCAGAUGUGACACUGAAUUUGCUUCUACUUUGGAGCUAGUUUACUUGCACAUGCAAAGAAGUUUGUAUUCAAAGAAAAAAUUUUUUUUUUUAAUGUUUCAAAAGAGAUGUGUGUAUAUGUUCUAAAUCUUGAUGAAGUUUACAUUACUGCUGUAACAUAACACUUAUGAGACACUAUAGACACUAUAGAGAUCACGAUUGUCCUACGAUUCUGAACUAAAUAAUGUGUUACAAAAUGUUAUUGCUGCAGUCUAUUUAAAAGUGUAAUUAAUCUGAAUGAAUUAUUAUACAUUUUAAUAUACUACCAGUCCAAAAGUCUUUGAACGGUAAGAUUUAUUUAUUUAUUUUUUUACAAUUCUGUUCUGCUCACAGAGCCUACAUUUAUUUUAUCCAAAAUACAGUAAAAGUAGUAAUGUUUUGAUACAUUUGUACAAUAAAAAAAACAACUGCUUUCUACUGGAAUAUAUUUUAAAAUGUAAUUUAAUUCUGUAGUCAAAGUUGUAUUUUCAGAAUGAUUUCUGAAGGAUCAUGUGACACAGAGGACUGGAGUAAUGAUGCUGAAAAUACAUUCAAGUAGAAAGCAGUUAUUUUAAAUUGUAAAAAUAUUUCAAAAUUUUACUGAGCAGAAGAGACUUCUUUAAAAACAUUACACAUCUUAUGAUUCAAAAAACUUUUGACUGGUAGUGUGUAUAUAUAAUGUAUUUAAAACCCCAAUUUUUAUAUUAGAAUGAUGAAAAAGUUUUUUGAAUCACUGAUUCAACGACUCACUCAUUCAAACCGAGGUGUUUCUCAAUGUCAUGGAAGGAUCCUCGGAAGCCAGUAUUUCGAGGAUGCAACGUCAUCGACAUCCUUCGAAGGACUGUUCCAAUGUCGAGGAUCCUUGGAAUUUCAACCAAGGACUGAGUCCUUCGUUCGAAAAAUAUGCAAUACACAGGAAAGGAUGCAUAUGUGUAUCCUUCACACUCUCAAAUCACCCACAAUCUUAUGCGCGCAGCUUUGCUAUCUUGUUCAAAAAUGUAAAAAUGUUUAACGUUAGCGGAGUCGGAGCGUUAACAGUUUUUAUUUAUGUUACCAAAUAUUUGUUACAACUGUAGUAAAUAUAAGUAAAGUUUAACGUUUAAAUGCCAGUACAAAUUAAUAUCAUAUUCAUACUGUAAAUUAUACAAAUACAAAUGGUUAACUGAACCGGACAUGUCAUUUUACAACUUGGUUGCGUCAUCAGCAUUUCUUUUAUGAAUAACUAGUUAAGUUGUCCAAAGUAAUUUAACGAUACCAUUUACAGCGUUAUUCAAACGGACCUUUUCACUGAUGUAAUGAUGCAAUUACGUGCACCUGCUAGCCUGUUCCAUUUACGUGUUCUCCGAAUGCUAAAGAGGAGUCUCACCUAGCCUCUGAAGGAAGUGACUUGGAAGGAUCAGUCCUGCCAAAGAAGUAUCCUUGACAUUGAGAAACGCCUUACUACUAUACACUUUUUUUCAUUACUGGAUGAAUCAGCGUUUUUGAACGAUUCUCUUGAAUGAAGAAAUAAUUCAUUGACAAAUACAUUAAGACACUUGUCCCCACCUAGUGGUGAAACCACUAUCGACACGAACGUUAUUUGAAGCACAGUACUUUCAAAAGGGGAUUUGCUCUAUGUUGAUCGCUGCCGGAUAGAUAUCAAUGUUUAUAUCUGAACUAUAAACUUUAUUUCAGUAUUUCUGUGAUAAUAUGAAUGACUGUAAGACAGAAAUAUUAUUGUGUAGUCGAAAAGACCUUUUGUGAAGAUGUUUUUUUUUUUUAACCAAACAUGGUAACUGCUCGCUGUGUCAGCGGCAGUGCGAACACGGAUCUGAAUGACCCGGUAAGACUUUGUCAAAGGUUUAACAAACUCAGGGAAUCGUUGUCAUUUAGAAAUGAGAUCGAGAGGGUGUCUAAAUCGAGAUCGCGAUCUUUUAACGAUUAAUCGUGCAGCUCUACAACUAUGUUUUUUAAUAUUACUUUUUAAAAUGAACCGUGAUCGAACCAGCACCACGUUUUAAAUAUUUUUGAAAUUAGUUUGGUUUGCUUAAAUGUUUUUUUUAUAUACUGAUAGAAAUGUAUUUUUUUACUACAUUUCUCAUAAAACAAGUAUCAAUGUUUGAUCAAUAUUUGUAUAGUUCUUUUUAAUACUUCGUGGAUUGUGACUACCAACUGAAUAAAAACCUUCUGUGAUUA